AUGGUAAAAUUGAACCUUCUACUAGCCUUGUUGGCUACAGCACAGGCCAAUGCUGCUUCAUUGGGCUGGCCCUGGUCUCCACCUCCGACUGACAGAAGCAAUGUGGAUUACCCCAAGACUUGUCUGGUAAAGCCUAAUGGACAUGGUAAAGAUGAUGCUCAGUCAAUCUUGAAUGCCAUGAAAACUUGUAACAAUGGUGGUGCUGUUGUAUUCCAAAAGAACAACCUGUAUACUAUCGGCUCACCUUUGGAUCUGACGUUUUUGAGGGAUAUUGAUAUUUACAUUGAUGGUACUAUUCAAUUUACGAAUGAUAUUCCCUACUGGACUGAGCACAGUUUUAAAUUUGCUUAUCAGAAUGGCUCGGCAUUUUGGAAAUUUGGUGGUUCUGGAGUCAAUAUUAUUGGCGGUGAAGAGGGUGUGAUUGAUGGACAAGGCGGUAAUUGGUGGACCGAGUUCCAAACUAAUAGCCAACUUCAACGACCAGUACUUCUAUUGCUAGAUGGUCUUGAGAAGUCGUCUGUAACUAAUCUAAAGAUGAUCCAGCCUCCUUCUUAUUUCAAUUUUGUUGCCAAUUCUUCUCAAAUCAAUUACAAUGGACUUACAUUGAACGUCACUCCUAUCGGUGACUUCACUCCUAAAAACACUGACGGAUGGGAUACGUAUAAAUCCGACUUGAUCUCGAUCCAGAACUCUUAUAUUAACAACAACGACGACUGUGUGUCCUUCAAGCCCAAUACCACCAAUGUGAUUGUUCAGAACUUGGCAUGCAAUGGUUCUCAUGGUAUCUCCGUCGGUUCUUUGGGCCAAUACGUUGGCGAGUAUGACAUUGUUCAGAACGUCUUGGUUACCAAUGUUUCCAUGAGCAAUGCUCAGAACGGCGCUAGAAUUAAAGCAUAUCCAGGUCGUCCUGCCGGUAGCACCGUGUUGGAUAACGGCGGUGGUUCUGGUAUUGUUGAGAAUAUUAUGUUCAAGGACUUCCAUGUUGACAAUGUAGACUAUGCUAUCGACUUAACGCAGUGCUAUGGUGGUUCUUCGACCAUUGCUCCUGAAAUCUGUCAACAAAAUCCUGCCGAUGUUAUAAUCAAGGACAUAUUCUUUGUGAAUGUUACUGGAACAACUUCCAAGAAGAUUAAUCCAUACAGUGGUGAACUAACCUGUAGUAGCCCUAACGUAAGUAUUUCACACGAGGAUUCAGAUAUUGGUAGACAACUAACUAACUAA